AUGCCAAGCUCUAUCAUCGACCCCAGCCAAUACCAAGUCACUCACAUCACCGACCACUUUGACCUGGUGAAGUAUACCCGCGAUCGCAACCUGGCAGCCUGGCAGGGCCAGCUCUCGACCGAUGACUACGUGAUUAGAGAGUUUGUUUUGGGCAAGUGCAAAGUAACGCUGUCCAAAGCUGACCGGUUAUUGGUUUACCACUUGAGCAAGAAGUCCGACGAAAACGUCCCGUUGCUGCUGAUUGAAAUCUUGAUUCGGAGGUCACUCAAAUAUGUUCGUCGAGGCGAUGACGUUGAGGUUACCCCGGUGUUACUGGGUUGCAUUGGAGCUGUAUUUACGUAUCCCGAAAACAGAGGUCAAGGAUUGGCGAAAAUAAUGGUUGAUAAGUUAGUUGAGGAGGUUCGGGAUGUGAUUGGAUCGGAUGGGUUCAUUUUCCUUUACUCUGAGGUGGGCGAAUACUACGCGAAACUGGGAUUCAUGCUGAUGCCAGUUGAUCUAAUCCAUAUCCCGAUGACCUCGGAACAAUUCGAUGUUGAAGGUGACGUCGAGUUGAUUAACUACCACCAAUUCUCUCCGGUUAUGGAUGAGUACGCUCGCCAACUUGACGCUAAGUGCCGCAAAGAAACCGCCGCUGACGGCAAGAUGCGGGUGCAAGUGGUCCCCACCGCUGACAUCGUCGACUGGUUCCACGUUCGGGCCAAAUACAUCUCAUAUAAGAAGUUUUACGAGGAGCCGGACCAGGACACAAAAUUCGAUUUCCUCAACCUGAGCUACGCUGCCAUCAACCACGAGUUCGAGAAGAUUGAACCCCAAGCGUUUGGCGUCAAACUCUCGAAGAACGGCGUGCUUGUUGGGUUUAUUGUGUGGACAAUGGACUGGAUUAACCUGAGUGAAAACUAUGUCACUGUGCUUAAGACGGUGGUGAUGCCUGGCUACGACGUCGACUCCACCACCAUCGACCUUUUCAAGGCGAUGCGCAACCACCUUUACACUGCCAACUCGGUUGUUGGCGAGACUAAGCGGCUUGUGGCGUGGGAGCUGGAAGUGACGACUACGGUGCGCGACUGGUUCGUGCUGGAAUGGGCCGCCAAGGCAGGCUUGGAAAACGGACUGAGGCUGGCAAUUUUGAUGUGCAACCCAACCGAAGACGCUGCAUUGAAAAACGGCCAAGUGGUUUGGGAAGGCAACGACAAAAUCCCCUGGUUUUAG